CAAAUUAAAGUGGGACAUUGCAUUAACUUUUUAACCAAUUUUCUUUAAUAUAUGAAGUUUAUUACGUCAAAUUAAAGUGGGAUGUGCGAAUGUUAGCCAAUGUAAAAGAGAUCAAAUCCAGGAUUCUAGUCAACUAUACAAACUUUUGAAAUUAAUAUUCCCAAACUAGUAGUACUAUAAAAACUAAGACAACUUGUUAAUCCAUUGAAUUAUGCUGUUUCCAUACAUCAAAUCAGUACUCGAUCACCCAAAUUAAUGCUAAAAUAUCACAUUAUUGGACACAUUCCUCAAAUCGGUUUUUAAAGUGUGAUGACGUGUCAGUUUAGAGAAUAAACAGCAAAAUGAUGUGAGUAAGAGAACAGGGAUUACAGUUAAGAUGUGCUGGCACGACUAAUUUAAUUUAGUGAGUGCGUAAAAUAAAAUUUGUAACAGUUGACCAUACCUGGGGUAGUUGGGCUGGAAAGUGGCCGCAUUGACAGUUGAUCAUUUUAUUACAGCCCAUAUUUUAUAUUUGUAAAUAAAAUUAAGCGUCGAUUUCCUUUUUUUUAUUUUUGGGAAAAAGUGCUGAUUUCGUUUUUCCAAGGAAGGCCGCGUUUGACAUUAAACCCCGUCGUCUCCAUUUCUACUUCUCUAAACAUAAAAAAACUGUAUCUUUUCUGAUUUCUCGAACGAAUAAAUCCAAAUUCCCAAUCUUGAUGCACUCCCAAAUCUAAAAAUCCAAUCUUUUUCCGUUUUCCGAUUGGAUCAAUCGGCGUUCCGAUGGGGGAUUUAGUGAAGCAGACGCUUGCGACGCCGAUCCAGCUCACCGACCAGGUCACCAAAGCCGCCGACGAGGCGGCCACGUUCAAGCAGGAGUGCGCCGAGCUCAAAUCCAAGACCGAGAAGCUCGCCGCCCUCCUCCGCCAGGCCGCGCGCGCGAGCAACGACCUCUACGAGCGCCCCACGCGCCGCAUCCUCGACGAGACCGUCCAGGUCCUCGACAAAGCCCUCUCCCUCGUCUCCAAAUGCCGCGGCAACGGCCUCGUCAAGCGCGUCUUCACAAUCAUCCCCGCCGCCGCCUUCCGCAAAAUGUCCUCGCAGCUAGAAAACUCAAUCGGCGACGUCUCCUGGCUCCUCCGCGUCUCCGCCUCCGCCGACGACCGCGCAGACGAGUACCUCGGCCUCCCCCCCAUCGCCGCCAACGAGCCCAUCCUCGGCCUCAUCUGGGAGCAGAUCGCCACGCUCUACACCGGCUCCGUCGACGACCGCGCCGACGCCGCCGCCUCCCUCGUCUCCCUCGCCCGCGACAACGACCGCUACGGCAAGCUCAUAAUCGAGGAAGGCGGCGUCGGCCCUCUCCUCAAAUUGAUCAAAGAGGGCAAGCAAGAGGGCCAGGAAAACGCCGCCCGCGCGAUCGGCCUCCUCGGGCGCGAUCCCGAGAGCGUCGAGCACAUGACCCACGCGGGCGUCUGCUCUGUCUUCGCCAAGAUCCUCCAAGAGGGGCCCAUGAAGGUCCAGGCCGUCGCCGCGUGGGCCGUCGCCGAGCUCGCGGCCCAUUACCCCAAAUGCCAAGAUCUCUUCGCUCAGCAUAACAUAAUCCGACUCCUAGUCAGCCAUCUCGCUUUCGAAACCGUUCAGGAACACAGCAAAUACACCGUCGUCAGCAAAGCCACCUCGAUCCACGCCGCCGCCGUCGUUUUAGCCAGCAACGGCGCCGCCGCUGCCGAUCAUCAUCACCAUUUAGACGAUGAUAAAGAUCAGAUGCCACGGCCUAAUCAGAUGUACAAUGUUGUCACCACUACCAUGUCUGCUGUCAAACCCAAUUCGGGCUGCGGAGGAGGUGGUGGAGGAGGGAAGGUGAGUUCCCUCCACAGCAACCACCUCCACCACCCGAGCAUAUCGCUCUCGGGCGCGAGCACUCGCGCCCGAGAGGCGGAGGACCCGGCCACCAAAGCGCAGAUGAAGGCGAUGGCGGCGCGGGCGCUCUGGCAUCUGACGAAGGGAAACUCUGCCAUAUGCAGGAGCAUCACAGAAUCGCGAGCACUGCUGUGCUUCGCGGUUCUGCUAGAGAAAGGCCCGGCCGAGGUGCAGUACAACUCGGCCAUGGCCUUGAUGGAGAUCACCGCGGUGGCGGAGGGGGACGCGGAAUUGAGGAGGUCGGCCUUCAAGCCGAACUCCCCCGCCUGCAAGGCCGCGGUGGAUCAGCUCUUCCGGAUCCUCGAAAAGGGGGAUUCGGAGCUGCUGAUCCCCUGCAUCAAGGCCAUAGGGAACUUAGCUAGGACUUUUAAGGCUACCGAGACGAGGAUGAUUAGCCCGUUAGUUAGACUGCUCGACGAGAGGGAGGUCGAGGUGUCACGGGAGGCAUGUGUCGCGCUCACCAAGUUCGCCUGCGCGGAGAAUUACCUCCACCUCGACCACGCGAAGGCCAUCAUCGAGGCUGGGGGCGCCAAGCACCUCGUGCAGCUCGUGUACUUCGAGCAGGUCGUCCAGAGCUCCGCGCUCGUGCUGCUGUGCAACAUUGCUAUGCACGUGCCCGACAGCGAGGAGCUGGCACGGGCGGAGGUGCUGACUGUGCUCGAGUGGGCGUCCAAGCAGGCCGCGCUGUGCCAGCUCGAGGAGGUCGAGAGGCUGCUGCCGGAGGCUAAGGGGAAGCUUGAGCUGUAUCAGUCGAGAGGGUCGAGGGGGUUCCAUUGAUGAUCAUAGCAAUCUUGAGAAGAUAUGUUUUUUUGGUUAUUCAUAUUGCUGGUUUCUUGCCAAUAUUUAUGUCAUUUUGUUUUCAUUCAUAUGGAUUGUAUAUAGCGUUAGUUGAUGCCUUUGUAAGAAAAGAAUGUCAAGAAUGGUUUUUUUUCCUCUUUUUUUGGAAUUGUGAUUCAAGCUGCUGUUAGUUUA